CAAUUGUUCAGUAUUCUUCAAUCUCGUGUCGAGUCAACGUCCAAAGGCAAGGACGCUCGCGGAUUUAUCAACUUCCGCACAAGAAUUAUCUUUAAUUUUUCUCUACCUCUAUAUUUCUAUUUGUGAUUUUCAAUCUUUUUUUUUUAUUUUUUUGAUAAAAGGAAGAAAAAAAAAAUUUUUUUCUAAUGCGGUCAAAAUAGUUGAUGUGACAUAAUUUUUUUUUUUUUAAUCAAAAAUUUUAUUCAAUAACACCAGUUAUUGAAAUUACAAAAGAGUGUGUGAAAGAGAGAUAAAGGAAGGAAAGAGAGAAAAGUAAGAAAAUUAGCGACUUUAUUGUCGCAAAAUCAUCAAAUUCUUGGAUCGACACAAAAAAAAGUGCCAAUCACCUUUAAAAAAAAAAAUGUAUCCCGAAAUUGACAUCUCACAAGAAACGGAGAAUACAUAUUCUAAUAUUAUUGGAGAUGAAACGAACAAUAAUAAAAUUACCAGUUCACAUAGAAAUGGAAUUGUCAUCAAUCCAGGAACACCAAUUCAAGAAUUUUAUGCUGGACAAAAAAUAUUCAUCACUGGCGGAACUGGAUUCUUGGGAAAAAUUCUAAUUGAAAAGCUUUUAAGAAGCUGCCCAGAUUUGUCAACGAUUUACCUUUUGAUACGACCGAAAAAGGAGAAAAAUGUCGAAAGAAGAAUGAAUGACUUAUUUGAGGAUUUGAUCUUUGAAGUUAUGAAAGAGAAAAUGCCAAAAUUUCGUCAUAAGGUCGUUGCAAUUGAAGGAGAUUGUACACUUGAAGGCCUAGGUCUUUCUUCAUCUGACCGAGAACUUCUAAUACGCGAAGUGACGAUAAUUUUUCAUGUGGCUGCAACAGUUCGUUUUGACGAAAAAUUAAAAACUGCAGUUGCAAUAAAUAUUCGCAGCACUGCCGAUAUUUUGGAAUUGGGCAAAGAUAUGCAGAAGUUGAAGUCAAUGAUCCAUGUAUCGACAGCAUAUGCAAAUUGCAACCAGAAAAAGAUCGAGGAAAAAUUGUAUACAUAUCCCAUCGAGUCUGAAGAUCUUUUGAAGUUGGUUGAAUGCCUUCCUGAAGAGGUGAUUGAUGAAAUCACUCCAAAAAUAAUCUCAUCUUGGCCUAAUACUUAUGCCUUCACAAAAGCCCUCGCAGAAGAUUAUGUGAGAAGAAGGAACAAAGGACUGCCUUUAGGAAUAUUUAGACCGGCAAUUGUUGUUUCAACUUCUAAGGAGCCUAUCCCUGGCUGGAUAGACAAUCUUUAUGGUCCAACUGGAGUUACAGCUGGAGCUUCAACUGGAAUUUUGAAGACCCUGCAUUGUAAUCCAAAAGUAAACGCCAAUAUUGUUCCUGUGGAUUUAACUGUUAAUGCUCUAAUUGCAAGUGCUUGGGAUGUAGCUAUGCAGCCGACGAGGAGGGAGGAAGAUAUGUUAAUAUACAAUUUUGUAUCCUCUGAAGAUGCCCCACUAACAUGGAACGAGUAUUGUGAUGUAAACACCAGAUAUUCCGAUAUUUAUCCUCCGAGCAAUUCAUUUUGGUAUUUGUCAUUUAAAAUGAAUAAACAAAAAUUAAUGCACACAUUGUCAACGCUAGUUUUACAUUUAUUACCAGCUUUUAUUGUCGACACAAUUUGCAUUUGCCUCGGUCAAAAACCAAGACUGAUGAAAAUGUAUCAGAAAAUUCACAAAUUCACAACCGUUAUUUCACAUUUUUGUACCAACGAAUGGGUUUUUACCAACGAAAAUGUACGAUUACUUUUCGACCGAAUGGACACCAAGGAUCAAGAAAUCUUUAGUUUCAGUAUGAAAAAUUUCAAUUGGGAUAAAUAUUUCGAAACAUAUUUAAAGGGAAUACGAGUCUAUCUUUUUAAAGACAAACUCGACAAUUUGGAGAAAAGCAAAGUCAGGUGGCAAAGGCUCUACUGGUUACACCAAUGUGUCAAAGUGAUGACAUUCACUGUUGGCGUUUGGCUCUUAUGGCGAAUAUUCUCCACUGUCUUGAGUUUAACGUAAAAAAACAUUCAUCACGUUAUAUUUUCUUUAAUCGAACAAAAAAUUCUAGUUGUAAAAAAAAAUGUGUUACACUUGUAAAUAUUACUAAAAUUUAAACUUUGUAAUUUGCCACUUGUCCACGUAAUUCAAUAUGUAAUAUUAAUAUUGUAAUGAAAUUAAUUAAUUUAAUUAAGUGAAACUGAA